UGCACUUUCCGGAAGACUUUUCCUCCUUCCCUUCUGCUCUUUCGCUUCAUUUCUUUUCCGUUGUAGGACACGACCUGUCGACCUAUAUCUCGGUGACAUUUUUGUACAUUUUAUAAAACAACUUUUAAAAGGCCUUUACGUCGAUAUCACAACGUUUAAAGGCGUUUUGACUUGAGUUUGUUGACCACUUUAGGAGGCCUCUGAGUUUGUUGACCACUUUAGGAGGCCUCAGAGAUUGGAAAGCUUUUCAAGAAAGAAGACAAGGAGGAAGAAGACAAGGAGGAAGAGGAGGACAAGCAGCUACAACAACAGCGGCGGAAGCGGCUCAGGUGUUUUCAUUUCUCCCUCCUCUUUGCACCUAAAUGGACUACAUGGACAGCGGUUUGAAGUACACCCCCAACCAGAACAAGGAAUGGGACACCACUGUCCAGUUCCUGCCGGCGUCGGACAACAAGAAGCUGGAGAAGAAAAAAGGUCCGGGGAAAGUGGGAGCCGUGAUCGGAGUGCUGAUCUUGUGCGCCGUCAUAGCGCUGAUGGCCGGCCUGCUGAUCUGGCACUUCCACUUCCGUCAAAACGUCCGCGUCAAGAAGAUGUACAGCGGCUCUAUGCGCAUCACCAACCAGGCGUUUGAGGAGGCCUACGAGAACGCAAACAGCUCCGAGUUCUUGGCGCUGGCCACGCAGGUCAAGACGCAGCUCAAAACGCUCUACAGCAAGAGCCCGCAGCUAGCCAAAUACUACGUGGGCUCAACGGUUCAAGCUUUCAGCGAAGGCAGCGUCAUCGCUUACUAUAUCUCCGAGUUUAGCGUUCCCAGCGGCCAGGAGGCGGCGGUGGACGGCGCCAUGUCCGCCAUGGACAAACUGGUGGACAAAGAGCAGCGCAGCAUCUACAGGCCGGGCAACUCUUUGCUCCUGGAAGAUGUCGUGUCUUCGGAGCUUGAUUCCCGAUUAUUUUCUAUGGAAUUCAGCAGAUUCUUGAAGUUUAACGAGCACACCAGGACCAACCUCAUGAGCCAGAUCAGGUCGCCCGGCUUCCCCGACAGCCCGUACCCGGCCAACUCUUUCAUCCAGUGGCAGUUGCGGGCCGACUCCAACCAUGUGAUCGAGCUGAAGUUUGACACCAUGAACCUGGAGGAGAACUGCGACCACGACUUUGUCAAGAUCUACGACUCCCUGGUCGCCAUCGAAGCCAACGUCUUGCAGGAGAUGUGCGGCUACUACUCACCCAGCGAGCCCCUGACCUUCGUGUCCUCUGGCAACGUGAUGCUGAUCACCAUGGCGACCAACCAAGAAAAGAACUACCCGGGUUUCCAAGCACAAGUGUCGCAGGUGCGACGUGGUAGCAAAGGCACAAGAUGCGGCAGCCACUUGACCGGAGAAGUAGGCCAUUUUAGUUCACCCAACUUCCCAAAUUACUACCCGCCUCGCACAUCUUGCCAGUGGACCAUCACGGUUCCUGAUGAGAAGUCAGUGAAGGUGACCUUCAAAACGUUCUUCAUUUUAGAACCAGGCCAGGACGAAAGCAAUGGUUGCCGCAAGGACUAUGUGGAGAUCAACGGCAAGAAGUUUUGCGGGGAUAAGGCUGAAAAUGAGCUCACAGAGACUAGCCGUACCAACAAAAUGACAAUCAAGUUUUUCUCCGACGGAUCCUACGUGGACAUAGGCUUCAACGCUACAUAUGAGGCAGUCGACAUGGCCGACCCUUGCCCCAAGCAGUUCCAGUGCAAGAGCCAGCGCUGCAUCAAAUCGGAACUCCAAUGCGACGGCUGGAACGACUGCGGCGACAUGAGCGACGAGUUGAACUGCAAGUGCAGCUCGAGUCACAUCCACUGUGACAACGGGCUGUGCAAGCCAAAGUUCUGGAGCUGUGACAGCGUCGACGACUGCGGCGACGGCACCGACGAGAGGAACUGCGGCACGUGUUCUACCGGACAGUUCACCUGCGUAAACGGCAAAUGCGUCUCAGAGAAGAGUCGCUGCGACGGGCGAAACGACUGCGGCGAUGGUUCUGAUGAGCUCGACUGUGGACGAGGUAAUAUCAGAUCGGGUUCUGGUUCUGAUUCUGGUUCUGUGGCCUGCACUGACCUCACAUACAAAUGCAAGAACAACAAAUGCAUCAGCAAAGUCAACCCGGAAUGUGACGACACCCAAGACUGCGAGGACGGCUCAGACGAGGACACCUGCAAUUGCGGACGCAGCAAGUUCAAGUCGUCGCGUAUCGUCGGCGGCCAGGACGCGGUAGCAGGAGAGUUCCCGUGGCAAGUCAGCCUGCAGGUCAAACGUUUCGGACACGUGUGUGGCGCCAGCCUCAUCAGCUCCCGCUGGCUGGUCACCGCCGCCCACUGCGUGCAGGACGACGCCAAGACCAGGUUUUCCCAACCGGGCACCUGGGAGGCCUACAUGGGUCUUCACUCGCAGCGCAACAUCAGCAAGUCAGUGGUGAAGCGAAACUUGAAGAAGAUCAUUCCGCAUCCCAACUACAACGACUACACCUUUGACAACGACAUCGCUCUGAUGGAGCUGGACGCUCCUGUGACGUACAGCGACUACAUCCAGCCCGUCUGCCUGCCCGCCGCGCAGCACCAGUUCCCUGUCGGGAACGUCGUCUGGAUCACUGGCUGGGGUGCCACUCGGGAAGGAGGAUUCGCAGCCACGGUGUUGCAAAAAGCGCAGGUGCGCUCUAUUAACCACACGGUGUGUGACUCGCUCAUGGGUGGUCAGCUGACCACCAGGAUGAUGUGUGCUGGCAUUCUGAGCGGAGGCGUCGACGCUUGUCAGGGAGACUCCGGGGGCCCGCUCUCCAUUCAGUCUGGCGUCCGCAUGUUCCUGGGCGGUGUGGUCAGUUGGGGCGACGGCUGCGCUCGUCGCGACAAGCCGGGCAUCUACACGAAGGUCACCAAAUUUCGCGGCUGGAUCAAUGAGAAGACGGGUGUGUAGAACAAAGAAGGCCACACGGAGGGCCGUGGACAAAAAUAUGGACUGUGACUCAGUGUCUGCGGUGUGGAUUUUUAAUGUCCCAGAAGAAGCACCACCGCUGCAUGCGAUGCUGAAAGACCACUGUGAUUUUAUUAUUCUUGUCUUAAUAAAUUGUAAAUAGUUCUUUUCUCGUGGUUUUGUUUUGAUGUUUUGCAUAUUAGAAUUGAAAUGACAUAUAUUGUUAACAUGUGAAAUAUUGAUCCUUUUGUUUCAUUGCAAUUGUCUUGCUUGUUGCUGUAUUUCCUCACAAACUUCAACAACUGUAAAAUCAAAUCCAUCCUACCUCUUA